AAGUCCAAGUCACAGGAGAAGACGAGAAGACAGAACUGUCUAUGGAAAAAUAGCCGUUACCCGUCCGGCCUUUUGAAACAUUAAAAUUUAUGAAGAAAAUGAAUAAAAAUGAAUUUUUAUUAGGUAUAAUCCUUUAAUAUUCCAUAAAGCAUGAUCAUAGUAUAUGCUAUAUUAUUUGCGAGUGCAUAAAUAUCAAUUAAUUCAAGACUACAUGCAUCGUCUACUGAAAAUAAGUACUGAUCUUUGGACAUCAGUCUUCCUGUGCGAGAGUGGCCUGCCAGGAUCCUUCUUGUAGCCGAGUUGCAAUCCAGAUUUGUUCUCCCGGUUCACUCACCUUUGAAGAGAGUACAUCGCAAUUUGAAGAAAAAUGAUAAUCUCAAGAUUUGCUCAAGUCAGCCACAAUCCGUAAAACAUCCUCACAUGUCACACGGCGCCAGGUCGGGAGCUGAGAGUCUGGAGGGUAAACUGAGGCAGCCAGCACGUCCACUGCCACUGAGGAGGAAGCUUGGAACCCCCCACGGAUCCUAUGAAUCGAGUCAGUCCAGGUGUCAUGUAGAUCAUCCGCAGAAACAGAAAUAGUAGAUGGCACUUAAAACCCUCGCCUGCUCUGAUAAUACUCCAGGUUACACUUGAUGAUGUGAAGAGCAUAGUGAAUAGUACAUGCGGCUACAUCGCUGCUAACUACAACUACAUGUCCAUGUGAUUGGCAAACGAAGUAAAAUGGCCCCGAAUCAUGUAUGUAAGCUAUGUGACAAGAAGUUUGAAUUGGCUUCCUCUCUUAAGAGACAUUGCAUCCAAAAGCAUCCUUCAUCAGUUACUCCUGCUCGAAGUAAAAUGAAACCAAAUCAUGUAUGUAAGUUAUGUGCCAAGAAGUUUGGAUCGGCUUCUUCUCUUAAGAGACAUUUUAUCCAAAAACAUCCUUCGUCAGUUUCUCCUCGUCAGCUUCCUUCUCAUUUAUAUAAAUGUGGCAUCUGUAAUAUGGGUAACAGCUCAUUGCAGAAACUUGAAAAUCAUUUAAAAGAAAAUCAUGACAUUUCAAUAGAGAGCGAAAAAUUCGAGUUCAAUGGUCAUGAAGAUUUUGAAAUCUGGAAAAGGUCUGUAGAAAAAAAAUGCUUUUUUGUCAAAUAUCGACCAAAGUCCAUUAAAGAAGGCAGCAAUACUAUAAGGUCAUAUAUGCGUUGCAAUCGAUGUGGCAUCUUCAAGGGCGAGACCUCGCCUACGAAGAGGAAACGCCACUUGAAAAUUCAGGGGUCAUCAAAAAUAGGUGCCUUCUGCCCUGCCAGAAUUAUAGCCACAACUGAUAAGAAUGGCAAAAUAUCCGUUGAUUUUAGAAAGACCCAUGUUGGACAUGACUUGGAGCUUGCACAUAUCCCACUGUCAGUUGAGGACAAAAAGUUAUUAGCUUCUAAAAUUUCUCAAAAAAUUCCGUUUGAUACAAUUAUAGAAGAUUUGCAGUCAUCAGUGGGUGAUGAAAAAGAAAGAAAGCAUCUUGUAAAAAAGAGUGACCUACGAAACAUUGUUAAAUACUCGCUUAAAGUAAACGAAACUCUGGAAACAGAGAAUGAUUUCAGUCAUGAUGAUAGUCAACUAUCAACAAAUACUAAUAAUUUAAAUUCAAAUGAAGCUGUAGGAAAAGAAUUCAUUGCAUCAGCAGUGGAAAAAGCAAAAUUGGAUAAUGAUGAAGUUGAAGCAGGUAUAAGAGAGCUUCGAAAUUGUUUCGAAGACCUCGUGAAUGAAUGUCGUGGUGAUAAAGAGUGUGUCAAUUCGUUGAAAGAUUGUUUAAGAAAGUUCAAGUCCGAGAGAAAAAAGAUGACGGCUGCACUGCAUUCCCAGAAAAAUAAAAUAUAAAUAUAAGACUGCAUUCCCAGAAAAAGAAAAAAAACAAUGCAUUGACCCCCAAAGAAAACUUCCUGCAAAGAAAAAAUACAGGAGAAAUAAUAAGAAACAGAAUAAUGAGGAUAUACAAAAUAUAUUACUAACAGUUAUUAAAAAAAACCUCUGACUCCUAUUAGACUUUUUAUUUUCAAUCCUAUUAAAGCGUCAAUUGUUUCCCACGUCUUUCUAAUGUUUCCCUGGCUUAAUUUCUCUAAACAGUUUUGAAUAAUACUAUUGUUUUCUUUCUAUCAGUUUGCUACUUAAGUUAUUUUUGAAUGUAUUGUAUAUUUGUUUCAAGUUGUCAUUAUUAGUUUUUUUUAUUACA